AUGGCUUCGGAAAAUUCUGAUUUUGAUGGACCAGCCUCGGCAUCAUAUAUAUUUGUGAGAGUUCUCGGAAGUGGAGCCUUUGGAGAAGCUGUGCUUUACCAGAAAACUGAAGAUAGCAGUCUUGUGGUUUGGAAGGAAGUUAAUCUAGCAAGACUAAAUGAAAAGCAACGAAGGGACUCACAAGGAGAAAUUGAAAUUUUAGCACUGCUUAAUCAUGCUAAUAUCAUCAGCUACUAUAAUCAUUUUGUUGAUGAGGACAUGUUAUUUAUUGAAAUGGAAUAUGCCAAUGGUGGCACUUUGUAUGAUAAAAUUGUGCGGAGUAGCAAGUUAUGGCUGGAAAAGGAUGUUUUGUGGUAUUUAUAUCAAAUGACAUCAGCAUUAUCUUAUAUUCAUCAGUAUGGAAUAAUUCAUAGAGAUAUUAAAUCCUUAAACAUUUUCCUCACAAAAGUUGGUCUUGUAAAAUUAGGAGACUUUGGUAUAUCAAGGUUUUUAGAAUCAACCAGUGAAAUGGCAGAAACUCUUGUCGGAACACCCUAUUACAUGUCGCCAGAAAUUAUGAUGGGUGAAAAAUAUAAUUACAAGAGUGAUAUCUGGGCCCUGGGCUGUGUUCUCUAUGAGAUGUUGACAUUGUCUAGAACCUUUCAAGCCUCAAAUCCAUUAAAGUUAGCUUUAGAGAUAGUCAAUGGAGAUCAUGAGAAAAUCAACAAAGCUUUCAGUGAGGAAGUUCAUGUUCUUCUAGAUUUAAUGCUAAAGAAGAAACCUGAAGAAAGGCCAUCAGCAGAAGAUAUUUUAGCCAUGCCAUUGAUGGCUUCUUCUUCUGUCAGCAUGGAGCAAAAAGUGUAUGAACUAAACUCCACAACUAGAAGAGCUAAACUCUCAGCUUCCUCCACAUCCCACAUUGUCUCUGUUGUCACAUCAAAAAUGUGUGAGAUGUACCAGUGGGGUGGUGGAAAGAUAACUCCACAAAAACUGGAAAUAUUUACAAGGGAGAAAAGCCCCAUGCAGGUUGCAGCAGGCCACUCCCACUUUGCAGCCAUCACUUUUGAAAAAGAGGUUUAUACUUGGGCAAAUCCCCAAGGUGGGAUAUCAAUGGUAGGUCAGCUAGGUCAUGGUGACACAGCAUCAUACAAGGCCCCCAGAAGAGUUGAUGCUUUACUGGGGAUUCCAAUCUUACAAGUAGCCUGUGGGGAGGAUUUCACCCUCUGUGUUACAGAUGAUGGUGCGCUGUAUGCCUUUGGAUCAGAUUAUUACGGAUGUUUGGGGUUUGAGGCGGAUGAAGAGGAGACCUUAUCCCCUGUCCUGGUGGAUUACUUUACUGACCAUCCGGUGCUGGAGGUGGCGUGUGGGGAUGUUCAUGUCAUAGCACUGACCAGAUAUGGAGAUGUCUACACAUGGGGGUCUGGAGAGUUUGGAAAACUGGGCUUAGGCUCUGAAGACGACUUUAAUACACCUCAAAAAGUUGAGGUUCCUGGGAAACAAGGAAUCAAACAUGUUUGUGCUGGGGGUGACAGCUCCUUCCUUGUCUGUGCCAGUGGUCGUCUGCUGGCCUGUGGCAGCAACCAGUACAACAAGCUGGGCUUCAAUUCUGAGACUUCUGGUCUCAGGAAACGGAAAGCAAAAACUUUUGACAUUCCCUGUCGUAACACAUUUAGCACAGUGAAGCCACUCAACCGUUACAGCAUAGUUCAAGUAGCAGCUGGCAAAACACACUCAGGGGUCAUUGAUAACUUUGGUCAUCUGUUUAUGUUUGGCUCUAACAAAUAUGGCCAGUUGGGCAUGGGUGACUUUAAGCCCCGGCCAGGUAUUUGUCGAGUUAGUGGAGUCUUAACUGGCCAGCGAGUGGACAAACUGGCAUGUGGAGAUGGCUUUACUGUUGUGGCUACAAAUGAAAACCAGAUUUAUUCCUGGGGAAAUGGAGAGAGUGGCAGACUAGGUGGAACUUUUACAGACCAGGGCAUUGGCCCAAAUGGAAUGUGCACAGCCUUACCUAGACCCAUCUUUGGUUCCUUGCAUGUGGUGUCCUGUGUCUCAUGCCGGCAUUGGAACUCUCUUAUCAUUGCAGAAAAAGUCCUCAACCAAAAAACUCUGAAGUCAAGGCUCUCAUCUCCCAAACGUAUGUAGAUUUAAUAUUAUUACAUUUUAUUAUUACAUUUUAAACUGUAAAUUUACGAC